AUGACUCAAGAAGAUUUAUGGCACCAAGGAAAACUUAAACAGAGAACCAGCACAACUGAAAAUAUCUCGCCUAAUUCAUCACCUAACGAAAACCUUUCUAAUGAGAGGAAUGUUACUGAUCAUUUUGAUGAAUUUUCUCCCGAAUCUGGAUCCAAUCAAAUCGAUUUAACACAAGGUUUGGAUUAUGAUCUCAAACAAUUAGUUUUAAAUAUAAUGAAUGAAGUAAAUAAUAUUUAUUAUGAUUCACAAAAUGGAGAUAAUGACUUAAAUUAUGAGGAUUUUGAAGAAAAUAAUUUUGAAAGAAAUAAUUUAGAAGAAAAUGAUUUUGGAGAUUUAAAUCCUAGAAAUUCAGAAGGAGAAAACCUUGAUAAUAUUCUGGAACAACCAAAGGCUAAAUCUAAAAAUAGGCCCAAAAUCAUUCCUAAAAAAAACAAUUUAUGUG